GGGCGUGGCUGGAAAACCCCAUUCACUUAGUUUAUAAAGGCGGCUCAGUGCAACACACAGUGUUACAAUGAAGUCCACACUACACACUUUCUCUGCUCUUCUGGUUCUGGGAAUCUGCAUUCACUUUACAGUUCAGAGAGCAAAGUGUCAGCAUGUUCCGAACCGAUGCUCAUGCAUAAAGUCCAGGAACGGAGUCCUGGGACCUUUUUCAGAUUUCACAGUCACUUUAAAAAGACCUGGAUGUACGAGAGACGAGAUCAUAGUGAUCCUGAAGGAGGACAACCGAAAAGUGUGUCUAAGUCCACAUGGACCACAAGGCAAAAGACUGUUGAAAUGCUGGCACAGAAAACUGGAGGAAGGCAAAAAUGGGAAGACGUGCAUGGGAAGACUCAGACCACGGCAUCAGAAGAAGCAGCGUACCAAAUCGAAAGAACAAAAGAUAAUCAGUGCAGCAUGAUGGCAGCUAAUGUGGUCCUGAAAACACACUACUUUCCAUAAUCUGUUUCAGUAAUCACUAGAUUUAGCAGCUAUUUGUAGCACUAGAUUUUUUUUAUUUUUUUAAAACAAACUUUAUGUAAAGGGCUGGCCCCUAAUUUCUAAAACAGAGCAAAGUAAAGAGGCCAGAGUUAAAAUGUACUGUUAGUUGUAGCAGGUUUUACAAGAGAAUUGCACUGUACAUUUUUUAAAAUCAAAAUGUUUUUAUAUAUGUAUAUAUUUUUUUACUUA